AUUAAAAAGCUGGCUUGUCAUAUCCGUAUACACACCGGCCUUUUGUAGAUGUUCUGUUUUGAUAAGUAUUCUAUGAAACGAUUGAACUAAUGGCCCUGAGGGAGCCAGGAGACUCCUGACAGGGUAGGGCGGACAAUAGAGAUGACGAUGACUGGCUUGCCUCGGCUUGUUUUUGUUAAAGAUUUUGAAUUCUGAUGACGGUCAUUGAAAUUUUUCAAAGCCAUUUGAUUGGGCUGUCUGCUACUAAGGCCACUAAGGGUGCCUAUGGUAUCCCCUCCAUAUAUAAGGGCCCGAUCUGAUAUUUUCUUCCUAUUCGAUUUCACUUCUCAGUGAGGUUACAGCUCUUGACAUUGCGAUCUUGUGUUCUACAUAGCCGACGUUUUCCAAAGUGCACAUCUCGGACUUCAGAAUCAGUUGUCUUUUUUCUGCUUUUUGGCUUACGUAUUUUCGUUAGUGCACUGUGCUCUGUGCUGUUUGUGAGAUUCAAAGACUUGAGAAACGUUUCCCAAAAAUCUACUUCUUUGUGGAUUUCCCUGGCGUUUUGUGCGGCUGUUUACCAUCUAGCAACCAUGCCUGUGUUGAAGGAAGCCAAGUACAGAGUCCUGAACAAAGACGCGUUGGAGAUUUUGGACAUGGAACAGAUGGAACUUCUGGCCGACAGAGGCAACUGGGAGGUGAUCGUAGCGGCGAGAGUUCGACAACCGAAGGUGAAAAGGGUUCUGAAGAAGUUCUUGUUGUUUGAGGAUGACGACGAUACCUCGAGGAUGUGGAAACGGUCCUCCUUUGAACACGAGCUGUCCUUCUUGCAAUCCCUGGAGCACCAUAACAUCGUCAGGGUGUUGGCUGCUUUUCAGUGCCCGUCCUAUUUGGGCUUUGCGAUGGGGUAUCAUCCCACGGAUCUUUCCCAUGGACUGCUUGACGUGACCUACUUCGAGGCGGAAUCCUACACAAGUCAGCUCACGGACGUCAUGUGCUACUUGCACGGUCAGCGCAUCAUCCACGGAGAUCUCAAGCUAGGGAACGUUCUCCUAGACAGAGCCGGCAGGGUCAAACUCUGUGACUUCGGUCACUCUCAGGUCAUUCCCGAGGAUACAGACAAGCCCGACGGGUGGGGAGGCACCAACGGUUAUCAGCCACCAGAGUUAUACGACAGCCAAGUUCACAACGCCUUCAAGAUGGACAACUACUCCCUGGGCAUCUUGCUGUGGGCUUUGUUCUUCGGGACUGCUCCUCGUGACAACAUUGACUAUCUGAAAGAAGUGGACAACGGUUCGUUUCUCAAGCCACAACAUAAGCACUGUCUUCAGCGGCUUUUGGCUCUAUCCCCGACACACCGAGCAUACAUUUGGGAGAUUGCUAGGAUUCUCAAGGACGAGGACACAUCAGAACGUUAUGUGAGUAAGGGCUCUGUGCGUUCUCUGAGCUCCGAGAGUUCUUCGGACUCUGCUCAAGCGAAUCAGUCAUCUCCAGACAACGGUUCUUCUGUAACGGAACGUCCAGAGAGUGCGGCCGUGUGGAACCAGUUCCUUGCCCCACCACCCCCACACCCCCAGGCCACAUCCUGCUACCUUCUUCCUCAAACGGCAUAUCCUGACAUUGGAGACGUCCCAACCAGCCUGGCUCCGACUUGGUCGCCUCUCCAUCAAGACCUUUGAAAUGUACAACUCAGCAAUUUUUGGACAUUCUCUCCAACACUUUCCGGAUGUUGCUUCAGUCUAAGCGGCCAUCUCCAGGCAACAUUUUUCCUGACAAGAAUUCUCAACUUGACGCAGCUGUGUGUGUGUGUGUGUGUGUGUGUGUGUGUGUGUGUGUGUGUGUGUGUGUGUGUG